GAUUUAAUAUUACAUACUGAAUCCUGUACUGAAAACGAGCUGAAACACUCGAUUAUUUUGGAUCAAAAAGUUCUCUGAAUCUUGAUGGGUAAGCAGUGCGCAGUGGCAAAUUGCGGCAAGCGGAAUAAACCUGUUUCGCUUCACGUGUUUCCGAAUGAACCAAUAGUUCUGGAAAAAUGGGUAGAAUUCUGUGGAAAUCCGAAGGUGACCGAAGCUGCAAAAUGGGAUAGUCUUUCACAAAGACGAAUUUGUUCCGCUCAUUUCACUGAGAAAAGUUUUUUGGAUCCUACCAACUUUUCAAAGGGACUUAGAAGAGGAUCUUUCCCCAGUAUAAAAAGGCCCGAUGCAUUAUUUAGUCCGAUGAAAGACUACCUUGAAAUCGACUUUUUAGAGGAAGUAGAGGAAGGCAAUAAUAGUUCAUUAUCUAUCCCAAGCAUACAGUUGAAAAAUGUUUGCAACAAUUAUCGCUCGUUAUACGAGUUAGAGAUACAGAAGAGUAAACCCCUUAAGAAUACUUUGUCGAAAGAGCAGCAACGACGACGCAGUUUUCAAAGAAUAUGCUAUCGACAGAAACGAAGUUUCAUAAAAAUUCAAAAAUCCGGCAAUUGAAAAAGAGUUUAAAGGCGAGUCAGGAUAAGACAACUAGGGACAGCAAACUGCUUAAGACAUUGAAAUGCAA